AUGGAUUUUUCUCGUUUCAACCAGGCCGAGCAGGCCCAGAUUGCUGCUAUGAUCGAGCACAAGCAGAUGAAGGAUUUCCUUCGUUUGUACAGCAACCUUGUUCAGCGUUGUUUCGAUGACUGUGCUAACGAUUUUACAACAAAGACUCUCACUGGAAAGGAGGGAGAGUGUGUCAACAAGUGUGCCGACAAGUUCUUGAAGCACUCCGAGCGUGUGGGCUCCCGUUUCGCUGAACUUAGCGAAAACAUGCAGGCACCUGGAUCCCAGUAAAAGAGAGAGAAAGAGAGAGAGAAAAACGUCCAUCACACAACUUCCAACAGACCAAUAGAAUGUAGAACCUGUAGAAAAAGAAAUCAGUAGGGUAAACAGGAAAAUCAUACAUAAAAUCAGAUAUAUACAUAAAAUAACGUGUCCUGAAGACC